CUCCUGCAGCGGGGGCGGCCUGGGAAAGCGGGAGCGGGUCGGGCCCGAGCUGCCGCUGGCACCUUGACUGCUCGUACGGGGCGAAUCGUUUGGCUGGUGGUGCUUUGCCUCUGCAGGUGGGAGCCGGCACAAUGGCCACGGGCAGCAGCUGGGCGUGGAAGCCCAUCGCACGGAACGCCCUGUUUGCACGCGCCUACCACUCGUGCGACGUGGUGCAAGGGAAGCUGCUGCUCUUUGGGGGGCUGAAGUCGGGCGAGCCCAAAGAGCCCCCACUGGGGGACAUGGUGGCCUUUGACCCCACCCUGCUGACGGCUGAGACAGUGGGCCCCAACGGCGGGGACCGGCGCAGCCACCAUGACACGGCGGUGCUGGCUAACCGCUGGCUAUGCGUGGUGGGGGGCUGGGACGGUGCCCACAGGGUCUCGGCCGUGUGCUGCUGGGACACCGAGCAGGGACAGUGGGAGCGUUGGGCCGAGGGGCCCUCCAACGACCCCCCCGUGGGGCUCAGCAGCCACACCUGUACCAAGGUGUCAGAGCAUGAGCUGCGGGUGGUGGGCAGGGAGGGUGGACUUCGCACACAGAGGCGCUUCGCCAGCAUCUACACCCUGCGCGUCAACCCUGCCACCAAGACCUACUGGUACAAGGAGGAGGAAUCGCGGACAGCCUCUCGGGCUGGACACUCGGCCAUGCUGCUCCGUGAUGCAGGUGGCUACCAGCUGGUGGUGUUCGGGGGCCGUGAUUCCUCCGACUGCGAGGUGGCCGGGCGCUGGGGCAAGGGGAAAAUCCACGUAGAGUCCAUCCAUGCCCCCAAGAUGACAGAGCAGCUCUCCCGUCUGGUUGGCUCCGAGAAUGGCUCACGGCAGGCUCCAAAAGGCCUGAGGCACCAAUCCUGCACGGUGGUGGGUCCCUUCGCAGUGGCAUUUGGUGGGGAGACCCUAACGAAGGGGCGAGACACCGUCUGUAACGAUCUCUAUGUCUACGAUACAAGGUGCUCGCCACCGAGCUGGUUCCGCUUCCCCUGCUCGGAUCGGGGCCAGAAGAGAGUUGGGCACCGCACAUGCCUUUGGAAUGACAAGCUCUAUCUUGUGGGGGGCUUUGGCCCAGAUGGGAAGACCCCCUGCCCUGAGAUCUGUGUCUUAGAGAUCCCCUAGUGAGGAAGAGGAGAGAGAUGAGGAUGUCCCCCUCCUCGCUGGUGCCCUCCUCACCCUUUCCCACGCAAUCGCACUGCUCCUGCAAUCAACCCUGAGAGCCAGCUCUGUUUAUAUGUAAUAAAAGUGCCCCUUGUUGGCCCAGCAACCCCUCCUCUCCGCAGGGAGCUGCAUGCUGGCACCAAGGGUUUAACUCAAACACAGAGAGAGAUUGGGGAGAAAGGGUUUCUUUGUUAAAGAGUCAGACAUGCACCCACCCGCCAGUCUCUAGGAACACGCAGUCGGCUCUCUGCAGCCUCCAGCACAGCCAGGAGAGGCCAGGUGUGGUGGUGCUGACAUGUAAGCAAGCGGGGGGAAAAGAAACCAAACAUGGCUGGAUGGGGUAGGUCUUGGUGAUCUGCUGAGCGCGGGGGAAGGGUGGGGAGCUGUUCUCCCCCCCCCCCAUGGAUCACCAUUAAAAUAAAGCCUUCCACCCUCUUGAGAAUUCAUCAGAGGAAAUAACUGGCCGGCCCAGCCCUUGUCUGAGGCAGGGCUGGGAAACAGCCUGGCGCUAGAGCCGGUCCUGUAAAACAAAAGCUGU